UGUGCACAGCUGUCAAAACGAGUUUGUUUUGACAUAUGGCGGAUCGCUCAAAAGUUUACAGAAAGCAGAGCACGUGGUGACUUUCUAACAAAAAUUCGCAAAAAUACUAUACUUUCAUAAUUUAAAUAGAAAAUAAAAUGGUAAUAAUGAAAGCUAAAAGAAUAAAGAAACCAUUCAAAUCGCAAAAGUUUCGCGUAAUCGAGGCUCAACGAAAAAGAUGCCGCAAUGAGGAGCCGCACAGCGAGGUGGUUCCUAAAGAAAUACGCAUAAUUGCGCAGGAGGUGGAAAUUGUCCGUUCGCUUGCAUGUAAUGAUCUCAAUAAACGAAAUCGUCAAAUUCGAAAACUACGAAGGGUUGCAGUACGCGCGAGCAGUUCUUUUCCGUUUACAGAAGAGAAUUUUCUACGCAUAUGGAAGGGUCUUUACUAUAACAUGUGGAUGUCAGAUAAACCCCUGGUUCAAGAAGAUUUAGCCGAGCAACUGGGAAAACUAAUUGAGUGCUUCGAUGGCGACGUUGCAACUAGUGUGAAUUUUUUUGGUGCCUUCAUGCGGACAAUGUGCAACGAGUGGUUUGGCAUCGAUCAAUGGCGCAUAGACAAGUUCAUGAUGCUUGUCCGUCGAAUGCUGCGUUACAUGUUCCGUGUUCUUAAAAGUGAUGGUUGGACCGAGGAUUCCAUCAAGCUAUUCAAUGAGCAUAUGCAGUUGACAAUUUUAGGGGAUGAGAGCCCAGCCGUUGCAUUAACAAUGCAUUACUUAGACAUUUUCUUCGAAGAACUAGCAAAAGUGUCGGAUGGAGAUAUCAGCGCAGAACAAGUGGGAUACUUUGUUCUCCCGUUCGUUACCUAUUUAGGAAAGGGCCGCGACGCUAAAUUAGUUUCACACUGUCGUUUACAAGUGCUGAGUCAUUUGCUUUACCAAAGUGCUUUGGGACGCGAAUACACUGAGAAAUUCAAUUCAUGGAAACAUAUGGGUUUCCCAACUGCUUCCAUAAACGAUUUGGAAAAAGUCGAAGAAGAUAGUGAAAAUAUAAAAGACGAAACUUCGGAAAAUGAUGACGAUAAUAAUGAAAAGGAGAAGCACUUAGAUCCGCGUGCUGGAAACGUUGACGUUAUUAUGCCAGAACUACCAUUAGAUGCUAAAUAUGUCAUCGAAGAACUGGAAAGACUUAUCUAUAAAGAUGAUGAGAUCAGCACUAAGAUUAGAAAAAGUUUGCGAAAGCAAUUGGGUAUUUUCCAAACUUAUCAGCGCGGCGAAUUCCCACUUGGUGUAAAGAGGAUGCCACGCUUCGAAGCAAAGACGGAUAAACCUUUGAUGAAGGACAAAAUCGAGCAGUUGGAAAAUGUAGAAAAUGAACUUUUUGGUGUGGGGCGAAAAUUAAAACAGCUUAACAAACGAAAACGGCGCAAAUUGCUCAACAGCCUAAACUUCGAAGAAGUAGAUGAAUCCAAUUUUGAUCAAACAAUUCUUAAGGCACUACCGAAGCAAUACCUUAAGGAGCGAAAAAGGAAAGGAACUUGCUUAUUGAAUGGUUGGGUAGAAGAAGAAAUCGGUUCCGAGGAUUUGUUACCUAAGAAAAAACAAAAAAAUAAGACCAAUAUCGAAAAGGUGGACACAGAGACCCAAAAGGCAACGGUUCAGGAGGGAAAACAACCAAUCGAGCAACAAACAGAAGAACUGAAAUCGAGUAGGCAAAUCAGCAAUGAAAUUGAGGAAGCACAAUCCGAGACCCUUAAAGUUAACAAGGAAAAAGCAGUAAAAACACGCAAAUUGGAUAAUAAGGAAGGAAAAACAAAGGAUAAACCGCAAAAAGACCCAGAAACACCGGAAAAGCAAACGAAGUCGGAGUGGGACACACCAUUAGCUGAGGGUGAAAUAGAAUAUUUCAUACCAUCAAGAAAGAUUCAAUUAAAAAAUGCCAAUGCCAAUCUUGUGCCUAAUCCGUUGGCGAAAAAAAUGCAAAGCAAAACAUCUACACCUGUUAGCUCAAAAAAAGGCGCCAGCAUAAUGAAUUCAUCAACAGGCAGCGUCAAACGUGUGAAAAUUGCACUCAAGCGCAACACCUCCCAAAAUCCAAGCGAGUACAUAAAACAAAUCAAGAGUUCGCCUCAUUUACCAUACGAUGCAGACAAGAAGCCUGGAAAGGGUUUACUGAAACCCAAUUCAAUGCCCAGCCCCAUCAAUCCAUUUUAUAAAAAGAAAAUUGGACUACGCUUAGCGAAUGAUACAAUUUGAAAUGUGUUGAGCUGGCGAUUUGGGUAAUUU